GUCUGUUUCUUCAUUUCUGUGAGAGAUAGGAAUCUGCAAGGCUUGCGAAGUAAAGUUUACAUUCGGUUUGAGCUGCAGCUGUGACUUGUGGGGGAGAAAGGCCAUUUCUGCAAGUAAACAGGAAUGCAGGAAAUGUGUCUCGUGCAACCAGUUGUGCAAGAGGAAGAAGUUGCAGAGAGACAUCGUGGAGCCUGGCUCUUUGGUCUUCAUGGCCUCCCACCCAAACCUUUCACACCUCCUCCCUGCCGCUCGCUUGCGCCAGCUGGCCAAGGACUGGUUGCAGGAAGAUGCUCCCAGUUUUGACUAUGGUGGUUAUGCUGUGGGUAACAGGCCAGAAUGUGCUGUGCUCCUCUGCAAGUCCCCGGGAGUCUUGGCUGGCUUUCCAUUCUUCGAGGCCGUCUUUGCCGAAGUGGGCUGCUCCGUAGAGUGGCUCCAGUCGGAAGGGGUUUGGGUGGAACCCAUUACACGGGUGGCCGAAGUCCGUGGGCAAGCGAAAGACAUCCUGCUGGGCGAAAGGGUGGCUCUGAACUGUUUGGGCCGAUGCAGUGGUGUGGCCACAUUGGCAACCAAAGCCUGCCGGGCAGCACGAGAAGUUGGAUGGCAUGGAGAGGUGGCGGGGACAAGGAAGACCAUACCUGGGUUUCGUCUUGCGGAGAAAUAUGCCCUUCUGGUUGGAGGAGCUUCCUGCCACCGUUACGAUCUGGGGAGCCUCAUCAUGUUGAAGGACAACCACGUAUGGGCAUCCGGAAGUAUCACCCAGGCUGUUCAUAAUGCCCGGCGUGUCGGAGGUUUUGCCCUGAAGGUAGAAGUUGAGUGUCGCUCAUUGGAGGAGGCUCUUGAAGCAGCAGAAUGUGGCUCUGAUAUUAUCAUGUUGGACAAUUUUACCAUUCAGGAUUUGCACCCUACAGCCAAAACACUGAAGGCUUCCUUCCCUCAUGUCACAAUCGAAGCCAGUGGAGGAAUCACCGAGGAGAACAUAACUCAGUUUGUGGGGCCCAAUAUUGACGUGGUAUCCCUUGGAUGCCUCACGCAGUCUGCCAAAGUGGUAGAUUUCUCCCUCAAGAUCAGCCGCGAACCAGUCCCUAAGCUACCUCUACGCAAUUUUGUCUUCUGAACCUGCAAGAUGGCAGGAUUUAGUAAAUUUUAAGAGGGAGGUAGUAGGUGAACUGUGUUGGGGAAGGGUUGGUGGUGGAUUGUAUCUUUGGUGUUUGGGGUUUUCCAUUUAUCAAACUGUGUACGGUUUGAACAUCCAUUAUAUGGAAUCCUGAAAUCCAAAAUUGCCCACUGUGUUCAUUGUACACAAACUUCUUUUUGUGCACAUUUUUUUAAAAAAUUAUAUAAAUUUAUCUUCAA